GCCAGUACUCGGAGGGGAGAGUCGCUGGAUGGAGUCCGCUGUCAGUCCGUCGGCCUGGAUGAAAGGACGCGCACGGCUGCCCGCUCUGCCGACGCGCUGACAUUACCGUCUUCAGGACGCAUAUUUAAAGCUGCUGUAGUUAAUAGCCCAAGUGAAAGCCAAGAAAUAUGAGAAGUCGCGAUUGCUCUGUUUCCUUCGCACUUUUAGGUAUUUAUUUAAGUGCUAUUUAUACAGUCCAAGGUGACUACUGCGAGUUGAACCUCUGCCAGAAUGGAGGGACGUGUGUGACUGGGGUGGGAGAGGCCCCCUACUUGUGCAUCUGUGCAGAAGGCUUUGGAGGAGACACCUGCAACGCUACGGAGAGCGGCCCCUGCAGCCCCAACCCCUGUAAAAACGAUGGCAUCUGUCAGAUUGCCACUGAGUCGCGGCGAGGGGACGUCUUCGGCCAGUACGUCUGCAGGUGCCAACCUGGAUUCGAGGGCAUGCACUGUCAGAACAAUGUGGAUGACUGUGCGAUCCAGCCCUGCAAGAAUGGAGGAAUCUGCCGAGAUCUGGACGGGGACUUCAGCUGCAGAUGUCCCACGCCCUACGUUGGGAAACACUGUCAGCUGCGGUGUAUCUCUCUGCUGGGGAUGGAGGGGGGCGGGAUUCCUGAGUCUCAGAUAACGGCUUCUUCAGUCCACUACGGGGUCCUGGGCCUGCAGCGGUGGGGCCCUGAACUCGCCCGACUCAACAACCAGGGCAUGGUCAAUGCCUGGACCUCUGCCACGCAUGACAAGAAUCCUUGGAUACAGAUAAACUUGCAGAGAAAGAUGCGUCUGACGGGAAUCAUCACCCAGGGGGCCAGCCGCAUGGGCAUGGUGGAGUUCAUUAAGUCAUUCAAGGUGGCUUCCAGCUUGGAUGGCGUGACAUACACCAUGUACCAGUCUGAGAGCCAAGGGGGCGAAGAGGUCUUCAUCGGAAAUGUGGACAACGACAGCGCCAAGACCAACCUGCUGGACCCCCCCCUGGUGUCACAGUACAUACGCAUCAUCCCUGUGGUUUGUCACCAGGCCUGCACACUGCGCAUGGAGCUGAUGGGCUGCGAGCUCAACGUGUAUUUAAACAUGGCAGGUUGCUCUGAACAUUUGGGCAUGAAGUCCCGCCUUAUCUCGGACGGCCAGCUGUCGGCCUCCAGCGCCUUCCGAACCUGGGGAAUCGACGCCUUCACGUGGCACCCCCACUACGCCCGGCUCGACAAGCAGGGCAAGACCAACGCCUGGUCCGCGGCCAGCAACAACCGCUCGGAAUGGCUGCAGGUGGACCUGGAGACACCGAAGCGGCUGACCGGCAUCAUCACCCAGGGAGCCAAAGAUUUCGGCGUGGUUCAGUUUGUGACGGCCUUCAAGGUGGCGUACAGCAACGAUGGGCACUCCUGGACUGUCUUUAAAGACCAGAAGACCAAGACAGAUAAGAUUUUCCAAGGCAACAUUGACAACAACGUGCAUAAGAAGAAUGUGUUUGAUCCGCCCUUCUAUGCCCGAUUCGUGCGCAUUCUUCCGUGGGAGUGGCACGAGCGCAUCACCCUGCGAAUGGAGCUGCUGGGAUGUGACGACUAGCUCCGCCCAGCCGCUCGGGGCCACCACCUUGUCUCCGCCCCAUCCUUGCCCCCGCCUUCUGAGUACCGCCUCCCUGCCAUGCCUGCACUUGCUGUCCUCAACCACAGGGGGCAGAGUCUCACCUGUCCCAGCUGCCCGUGAAGGUUUCAUCAGCCGAUUGCAUCCUCUGAACUUCAACUUCCUCUUCAAAUCAUGGCAAUAAAUCCCAGGAUCUCAUUUUCAGUGAGAAACAUCUGAUGAGUAUUAAUGAUAUACACAGUCCAAGCUGUUCAGGGCUGGACCGUGAUGUGAUGUAACCUUUGCUGAGACGUUUGUCAUCUUGUCUCAGGGACUUUGUAAUGCUGCUUGUUUUAUUUGCUGUCUAGCUAAACAAGCUUAUAUCGUGAGGUAGUGAAUCAUUAUUGUAGAUAUCAGAGGGUAGAUGUUUUCUAAUAAAUUUAUUUUAAAAAGGCUCACACAGCCAGAUGGUUCCACUCAGGCCCGGCCUCGUCCACAGAUAUCUCCCGCUGGAGUUUAUUCAGCCCUGGGUAGAGAUGAAAGAUGGCGGUCCUCCUCGUGCUUUCAACAAAGUCCAUCUUCCUUUUCUCUCCAAUGUAAACUUCCCGCUGGAACGGCUUCACAGAGCCAAGAUUGAGAGUCGGCUGGGGGGGGGGGGGGUGUGUUCUGAGUUUCCGAGCAGACCCUCGCAAAGGUGUCCCUUACGACUGUCUCACAGACAAAGUGAAAAACACCAGAUGAUGCAGGUUUUAAUACCCUUAAGAAUUCUGAUGUCACUCCCCUGAAGGCUCUCACUGAUGUAGGUUGUAGAUCAGAGCAAUGGGCUUUCUGAUACCACUCAAUGCGUUCAGAGUCAUUCUGGUUAAUCGCAGCGAAUGACGGCUGCCGGUGUCCGGAUGCUGAAGGCCGACCUCCCGGCGGCUCCCUCUCCGCUCGACCUUCUGCGUUUGCUUUACUGCCUGGUUGCCAGUUCCAACAUGCCCUCCACAAACUUCAUGCUUCGAGCAUGACGCCAACCCACCCGCCUCCCGCCCACCCACACCUCCCGGCCUGUCAUCCACAGCCCCCGAGGAGCGACGGGCCAGCCCCCAUGUUACCUCCAAACCCCGCAACUGCGAAAAGUCGGUCAGAAUUGAUGAUAGUUUACGGGUUUUACCAGCGGAGAAUCAAAGGUGUGACAGGAAAAGCUUGGAUGGGGAUUUGUUUUCAGGGCGUGACACACAGUCAGAGAGAUGAAAGGGACGACCCCGGCCGUGCAGAAAGUCACGUGAAUUUAAUCGGAAAUGCCUCCUUACACAAUACAGUCACUCUGAAACACACCGGGCGACUGUGUGUUACGCUGUUAAGUGAUCCGUUGUUCUGCUGUCUGAUAUGCAAGAGAAAUUUUCAGAGAGUGUGUUUACCCUAUAAAACAGUAACAUGUUUAGUUACUAUAGUUGUUACUGCGCAGAAAUGUUUUAAUAAAAUCACUAACCAGA